AAAGAAAGGUCAGUGAGGAUGUCGCGUCGCCAUGUCGUCUUCUCCCGUGAAGAGUGGCAGCGUUAUCGAAAUCUACUUCAAUUAUCACACGUUGUAAGCCUUGACAGUAUCGCUAGUGACGUUGCGGUUUUUCAGCAGCUCAUUCUGAGAAUUCGUGGACAGUCAGCACCGGAUCAGCAGGAAAAUUCAUAGUAGAAUGGCAACUGCGUGGUGCUUGGUACGAAACGUACUUCCGCGCUCUCAGCUCUUGAGAAACACUGUUGUUUAUCCUGGAAGCCAGCUAUUCUUGCAGGGCACCCGAUGGUUUUCAAAAACUUCGCAAGUGCGAUCCGAGAGGAGGUUUUCUGAGAAGCACGAAUGGGUCACUGCCAAUGGAAAUGUAGGCACGGUUGGAAUUUCUCAACAUGCUCAAGAAGCCCUUGGUGAUGUCGUUUAUGUACAGGCACCAGAAGUUGGAACCGAACUCAGCCAGCAUGACGAAUGUGGUGCAAUAGAGAGUGUGAAGGCAGCCAGUGAGAUCUACAGCCCAGUUUCUGGAAAGGUCACAGAAAUCAACAAGGCUCUGGAGGACAAGCCAGCCCUCGUCAAUUCUUCCUGCUACGAGGAAGGUUGGAUUUUCAAGUUGGAACUAAAGAAUGUGGAUGAGCUGAAAUCUUUGAUGGAUGAGAAGAAGUAUGAGGAGUUCUUGCAGACAAGUUCACACUAAGCUUUAUCAAGCCACUUCAAUUUAAGGAUAACGACACAUAAAAAUGAAGAAUGAACAAAUAAACCAGCAGCUCUCUAGUGCAACAGCAUUUUUGCUGACAUUAAUAUCUUCCGAAGUAUGCAAGCUGACGAAAGUGCCAAAAUACCUAGUUUUAUGAGUUAUGCUUUUUUAUGCAUGCUUUUUAAAGAUGCAGUUCAGUACAGGUUGGGGCAAAAGUUCACGGAACACAGGGGUGUCGCAUUUCUCCACUGGGGCGACACCCUAGCAGCAAGAAGGUGCAGACACACACACUGGGAGAUGGAGAGAGUAGCCAGUCACCCGUUACUUGUUCGAUCUCUUCCAGAUAGCUAGCAGGGGACCGCUCCGAUGAGGAAAUAUGCCAGUGCCAUGUUCCGUAAACUUUUAUCCCAAGCGGUACAUAGUCCUCACUUCAUUAAGUGGCAUUAUUUCUGUCACCUGCUCACUUGCUAUAGUCCUAGUCAAGUAUGUUUAUGCAAGUCUAUUGAACUUUAUUCCAUUUGCCAAUUCAGUUUUGUCAGCACACAUGCUCCCUUACACACAGGCAACCUAAAGGCCUUUCAAAGGAAGGACACCUAUGCAAACUGUGUUUGUAUCUGCUGACAACAUGACAGCGGAGAGAGCUGCUACUUGUUGAAAGAGGAGAUCAGCCACCUCCUUUGCAACAGUUGUCUCAAAUGCAGGUCUAGUCAAUGAUUUCCAUCUUGCAAAUAUGCUACACUAAAACGUAUUAGGUAGUUUAAAUUUAUUACAAGUCAUUAAAAUGGUUUUAUAAACUUAUUAGUGCCUCAUCACACCUAAUACAGGUGUUAAAUUAUAAUUCAGUAUUGAAUUACAAUUUAAUCCAAAGGUUGCCAGUGUCCACAUUGCCAACAUGGUGCUGGAGACUUCUGCUAUGAAUUACUGUAAGAACGUCGCUAUCAGAUACACCUGCCAAACUGUUUGAAUGAAAUGUGCACAUAUUUAGCAAUUUAAAAUUUACUGCUUCAUAUGUCUUGUCUGAACAGCUAGCACCACAUUUCUAGAGCAUGCACUGAAUGAAACAGUUAAGGGAGACCAGCAGUGCGGUGGGUUUCUUGGCACUUACUCCAUUCAAUUACGGCCGAUUCAAGCUUUUUUCAGUAACACAGUAUGAUAAAUAUCCAAAUUUGGGCAUUUAUUUAUGAGUGAAAUCAAAGGAAUCUAGGCUGCCCUGUGUCAUGGGUAUACGGUAUGUAUAGCAAUGGCUUGUAUCUUGUAGAGGCUUGCAGGAGACUACAAUGUACAGAAGUACAACACAUGGCUUGCCCGUGAAGCAUUUUUCACCAUUUUAUUACACAGUGUACAAUCCUUUAUACACAGUGGCAUUAAAAAUUGUUUUGAAGUGUG